GCUGCCACCCCAGACGACACCUUCGUGUCCUACAGCGGGCAGGACGAGCGCUGGGUGGUGGAGCGGUUGCUGCCUGGUCUGGAGCGGAGGGGCCCCCCCUUCCUGCACCUCUGCCUGCACAGCAGGGACUUCAUCACCGACAGCCUGUACCGCAGCCGCCGCACCCUGUGCCUGGUCAGCCGCCACUUCCUGCGCAGCAACUGGUGCUCGCUGGAGCUGCAGCGCAGGGACGUGCUCGUCCUGGUCUUCCUGGAGAAGAUCCAUUUUCAUCUACAAAAUGAGAAGACAGCUAAACUGGUCAAGACCAGGACCUACAUCGACUGGCCGCAGGACUCUGCCCAGCAAGAGGCAUUCUGGGACAGACUGUGGGCCAAACUAGCCCCUGUGCGGGAGUGAGAGGAA